ACCAGCCUCUAGUUCUUAACCUGCGCCCCCGCAAGCUCAACAGCUUCUCGAGACCUCAAGAUCCCCUCAAGAUUUCACCUUCCCUUCAUCGACUUAUUCUCGAUCUCGAUCAUCCAUGUCGUCUAACACGUCUGGCCCCAGUGCGCUACAGGCUUAUCGCACUGAUGAUAGUAUAAGCUCUUCCGGCUCCUCCGUCAGCGACCUCUCCGCUCUUGGGCGCAAUUCGACCAUUACCCAGGGCUCCUUCUCCAAGUCGCGCUCUCCCGCCAUUCGCCAGCGACAAGAUCCUAUCAUCGCCUCGAUGUUGGCAGGAGAAGGUCGCCGAGUCAACCCCAACUUUACAGACGACAACGUUCCUGCAGCUGGUCCCUCUCGCGCUCCUCUCACUCCUGCCAGCUCACAGUCGACCGUCACCGCCGACGAUGACGACGACGAGGUUGGUACUCAAGCUUCGGCGGAUGAGGUUGCUACUCAGGCUUCAGCGGACGAGGCUACUACCCAGUUUUCGGCAGACGAAGCUGCUACUCAGGCUGCAAUUGACGAGGCCACUACUCAACCUUCGAAUGACGACAGCGACGACAACGAUGACAGGCGCGUCGUUCCAUCAGUUAGGGGUAGGGUCGUACUUUCGCGGAGCUCAUCCCUGCAUCGUCUUCGUAACUGGGUCGGUACCAGUCUUGCCCUUGCCACCGUCUUCAGAGCCCGGAAGUCGGAAGUCAACGCCAUCAAGCUCGGAGCUGCGCGUGAAGGGUAUCAUGCUGAUGCCAUCAAGUAUCCUCUUUUCAAGGACGAGCUUCAGUCUUUGCGCACCACUUACGGCAAUUCUGUAGCCAAACGGCAAGGUUCUUGGGUUGUGGUUGUUGGGAGAGACCGCAAGACCGUUCGCCACCUUAAGAAACUGCACGAGGAAGCUCUGAUUGAUGAUGACGAUGAGCCUGAAGAGGGUCUCGCGUCGGUCCUCGAGGAAGCUGAGGAUCUUCAGAAUCUCGAGGAUGCUAUCAAUGCCGACUUGGCAGAGGAGAUGGACUACCCCGCUACCUUGCCCAUCCGCAGAGGGUUUUUCUUUUCCUACGACGUUUUGGUUCUUGCUGUCUUGAUUAUAUUGGCUGUCUGGUACUUUGCGUUCAUCUAGAGCUCUCAGUUAAACGCAACGAACUGUACUUCUAUUAGAGGUUUGGAAGUGAUCACCUUGAUGGUGGUCUCGUCUUGGUAUUUGGUUUUGGUUCAUUCUAUGCCCGUACAUCUAUGCACCUCCUUUUUGAUAUGAUCUAUGCCUAUCCAUUUCUAUCUAUGACAUCUUCAC